UGCAACAAUGGAUCUUGUCCUGAAUGCUGCAGACCACUACUUUCUUACACCAUAUGUGUAUCCUGCCACGUGGCCAGAGGAUGAGCCCUUUCGACAGAUUAUAAGUCUCCUGCUUGUGACAAAUCUUGGUGCACUUGUCCUUUAUUUUCUGUUCGCAACGCUGAGCUACUACUUCAUUUUUGAUCACAGUCUGAAGAAGCACCCCCAUUUCCUGGAGAAUCAGGUGCAGCGCGAGAUAAAGGCCACUGUGCAGUCCCUGCCAUGGAUCAGCCUACCCACCGUUGCACUUUUCUUUGCAGAAGUCAGAGGUUACAGCAAGCUUUAUGGCAAUAUUGAAGACUCCCCAUACGGGUGGUCUGGCGUUAUCCUCAGUAUGUUUUCUUUCAUUUUCUUCACUGACAUGUGCAUUUACUGGAUACAUAGAUUCCUUCAUCAUAAGCUUAUAUACAAGCGCAUACAUAAGCCCCACCACCUCUGGAAGAUUGCUACGCCAUUCGCAAGCCAUGCUUUCCACCCCGUAGAUGGCUUCAUGCAGAGCAUUCCCUAUCACAUCUACCCUUUCCUGUUUCCUCUGCACAAGGUGACUUACUUGGUUCUCUAUGUCUUCGUCAACAUCUGGUCAAUCUCUAUUCACGAUGGCGCUUAUCUUGUCCCAGAUUUCUUGAAACAUGUCAUCAAUGGCUCUGCUCAUCACACCGACCAUCACGUAUACUUUGAUUACAACUAUGGCCAGUAUUUCACUUUCUGGGAUAAAAUCGGGGGGUCCUACAAGAGCCCAUCAUCCUUUGAAGGAAAGGGGCCCCAUGAUUAUAUAAAAAAGCAAAGAGAAGAAUGGAGCAGUAGGCAAAAUGGCCACACGGAUGAAAAAUUGUUAAAUGGAGAUAGUUCAAAGAAUGAAUAGAUCUCUAUGCUCACUAUAAAAAAGGCCCUGAAUCUAUUAUUAUUAUUUACAUAAAUACAGAUAAAGAAAACCCCUCUCUUAUAACGCCAUUCUUGGAGGUCAGUCAUUUUCAAUGCUUAUAAGGGUCGUUACCUUGGGGUUAUGUAGUUAAGAACCAAAACAGUCUCAUCUAGGGGAGGGGAUCAUUUUAUAGUGUGGAUAAAGCGUAAGAUGAGUGCAAUAUCUAAUGUUGAUGCAAUAACAAAAACAUUUUUCUAUAGUGCUUCAUGCAAAAGACGGUGCGUUACAAUUGGGAGCGCCUUUUCUAACAUAAUAGCUUGGAGCCAUUGUUCUGCUGUAACAAAGUGGGAUCCUUUACUAUCCUCAAAAGCAUUCCCCUAUGAGUGUGACUGUUUCAGACAGGCGCUUCAUGCUACAGUAGUUCAUGGAGAAUUUUGCUGUUUGAUCCAGGAUACUACAAGUAGCAUGAUCCAGAUAACACCCCUUUGGUAUUGCAUUGGUGGAAUAUUUGGAUCUGAACAUACUCAAAAGGAAAAAUGAUACUCGACUGAAGUAGCACACUACUUUAUAUUGAGAAAGGUGUAUUUCUCACGUGAAACCUGUGCCAACACAUUUUUCUGCCUCUGUAUACAGAUACCCCUGAAGUUUAACAAAAAGGAAGCACACAUAUUCCAGAAACAUACUUACCAGGCAACUUCUAAAAAUUAGCUUUGCCAUCUGAAACUAAAGUGAGCUAAUGCUAUUUGGGCAGGAAGUUGUGAUUUAAAAUAAGCUAAGAAUGCCAAGAAUUCCUAUUUUUUAAAUAUAAUCUUUUAUGCUCUUCAUACAAAAGUAAGUAAUUGUGGAAUUGUCUAAAUUCAUCUAUGUAUGCCAUUAUAUUAUUUAUUUUUAACUAGAGCAUGCAUUUCUGAGCUGCUGCAUUUACUACUGCCUUAUAUUUAGGCCUGCUAAGUUUAAAAAGAUGAGGUCCCAUUUUUAAGUCGCAAAGAAGUGUCUAAUUUUUAUAAGGAUUAAAUAGGAAAUCUUUGAAAAAAAUGAGAUAACAGCAUAACUUUUUUGCACAGUGUAUAUUUUUAGCAUUGUGUUAGACAAUGCCAUUUUAUCCGGGCGAAGCAGAGAAAGUAAUUUUGGUUUAUAUUCCAAAAACAAGACAGAUUUGAUCCAGCUUGUUUUGAUUUACCCAAGCAAAUUGUGCAGAGUGAUAUUUGGAAAAGAAAAAUAAGUCGUGGAGCCUCCACAUAGUGCUCUGCUUCCAAGAUGCCUUCAGUAUUUUAUAAACAGGGUAAUUUCUUUAGCUUUAGAUGUAUCCUGAAUUCUCACCUGAUGAGGAAUUCUUCUUGAGUCUAAUUGUUGUGGAGUGUUUUGACUGUUAUUAUUCCUGUGGAAAUCAGAUGGUGGAUAGAAAUUCUGCAGUGAUGACUAUAUUUUGGAUGAAUAAAGUGUAAUUGUGCUCAUUG